GUUAUAGUUAAACAACCACCAGAAAGAUGAUCAUCCUGAAAGCACCCUUAGCCAGGAUUGAAAUAAAAACAAGAAGAAAUAGAGAUCAUCCAAGCCAGUCGAUAUAUUUACUACGCAGUACAGCGGCGUAGAAUCAAGACCAAACCAAACCGCAGCCAGGCGCUCCAAACCAAGUGGGAUAACUAAGUUAACUAAUAAAUAAGAGAGGUAUUUCCGUGUACCUCCCCCGCACCAAAAGCGCCGCCCGGUACCUGUGACGACACCCAGCAACCAUUUUUUUUUUUUUUUUCCCUCUCGUUGGUUCGAACUCGCUUUUCUUUUCCCGCUUCGAUCGCCAACUCAACUCUGUCUUGUCUCUUGUUCUUGUCUUUUGGCUGCGUUCUUAAAUAACUAAGUUACUAUAAUACGCAAGUAACUAGUAACUUAACUUAAGUAACUGACUACCUACGCAGUAACUAACUAGGUCUUCCAACGUCCGUCUUCAUCUUCUGCUUCUCUCCCAUUGCUCUACUCUGCUCCAACAAUCCAUAGACCCAUCUCUUUUUCCUUUUACUCUUCAGUUCGUGAUUGCUCGCUCUAGUUAGCUCUCCCUGGCUUCUCCCCUCUUCUUCCCGAUCCUCUUUACUUAAAGUUAUCCAUCCCACUACGGUCGCGACACCAGCCAGUUUACAUUCGACCCGCUUAGUUACCCUCUCCUCUCCCAAUCCCAGCCCAGGAUCACCACCCUCAACCACACAGCUCUCGUCUAUAGACCGCAAUCACUUCUUCUGCUUCAACGACCGCUACCUUUCCUUUCCGUCUCUUUUCUCGAUAGCCUACGCUACGCCUAUUCUCCGCUUAUCUCCAUCCCCUCCCUCUUCUCUCCGUUUGUCUUCCUCCCCCCGCCAUUUCGUGCCAGCUAUCCACCCUGGUCACCGUCCCUGCUCGCCCACGCCGCCCCGACAUCUGCCAAUCUCAACACGCUGAACCCCGCAGAUAAGAACAGAGGGAAAAUAAUCACACAGGCCCCACGACCUGUCAGAGCUUUUGAUUUUGCCCGUGUCACAGCCCAUCACUUAGGGUUGUCGUUCUUAGAAAGAUGGUAGACGGAGAUCCAGGUUCACCUACCUGGAAGUUCACACAAUGCUUCGGCGAUAAGGGCGAUGUGGAAGAUAUCACAGAUGCUGAUAUCAUAUCCACGGUCGAGUUCGAUCACACUGGAAAUUACCUCGCAACGGGCGAUAAAGGAGGACGAGUUGUAUUAUUUGAGAGAAACGAGACAAAAAAAACAUGCGAAUAUAAAUUCCAUACCGAGUUCCAAUCUCACGAGCCAGAAUUCGAUUACCUAAAAUCUUUAGAGAUUGAAGAGAAAAUCAACAAAAUAAAAUGGUGCAGAAGGCAAAAUGCAUCCCAUUACCUCCUUUCGACCAACGAUAAGACAAUAAAGCUUUGGAAGGUGUUUGAUAAGUCGUUAAAGGUCGUUGCCGAAAAUAACCUCUCCCAUGAUCUGACUCCGGCAGGCGCCGUGGCUGGAGGCGGCAUGCCGCGCGCCCCGCACAUUUCCUUCCGUGAUGCGUCCUCUCUCAAGCUACCUCGCCUUACGCAUCAUGACACUGUAGUCGUUGCAGUUCCUCGACGUAUCUACGCUAACGCCCACGCCUACCACAUCAAUAGCAUAUCGGUGAACAGUGACGGUGAAACGUUCAUCAGCAGCGAUGAUCUUCGAAUCAACCUGUGGAACUUGAAUAUCCAAGACCAAAGCUUCAAUAUCGUUGAUAUUAAGCCCGCGAAUAUGGAAGAACUAACAGAAGUUAUUACAGCGGCGGAGUUCCACCCAACUAGUUGUAAUUGGUUCAUGUAUGCCAGCUCCAAGGGAACUAUCAAACUCGCAGAUAUGAGGCAGAGUGCUCUCUGCGAUCAGCAUCACAAACAAUUUGAGCAAGAAGAAGAUGCGUCCGCACGUUCAUUCUUUUCCGAAAUCAUCUCUUCCAUUUCUGAUGUCCGCUUCUCGAAUGAUGGACGCUACAUAUUAUCUCGCGACUAUCUAACGGUCAAAAUAUGGGAUGUCAACAUGGAACGGCAACCUAUAAAAACUAUCCCGAUCCACGAGCACCUCCGGCCCCGCCUAUGCGAUACGUAUGAAAACGACAGCAUCUUUGACAAAUUCGAGGUAGUGUUCUCCGGCGAUGCGGAGAAUGUCAUGACGGGUAGUUACAACAAUAAUUUCAUGAUCUAUCCCUCUGAUCCCAACAAGGAGACCGAAGUUGUUCUUCAGGCGGAUAAGACUGCAUUCAAAGCAAAGAAAGUUGGAGUACCGACUCCCAUCAAUUCUUCCGCGUCAACUAAUAAGAAGGGCGGAUCGAGGGCUGGUAGUCCUGCGGGUGCCGGUGGACGGAUGAAGAAAGAAACGGACGCAGACCAGAUUGAUUUCAACAAGAAGAUCUUACAUAUGAGUUGGCAUCCUUUCGAGGAUAGCAUUGCGAUCGCGGCUACUAACAAUCUAUUCGUGUUCUCAGCUUUGUGAGUCCGAGGAGGUGAAAGAGGGAAAAUGGAAAAAGCAAAUUAAUGAGAAAAGAGAAACAAUGCUGGUAGUGCCGCUUCACCAUGCUUUCUGCCCUUGAUUAUAAUCUCCCGGUCCUGCAAAACCCCAAUCAUCCAUCUCUCUAUUGCAUACACCUACUACUACUACUACCUUGUUCAGCAAAAAACCCCGCAGUCCAGUUUAAUUCGUGCUAUCAGGGUAUUGGCAGCAGGCCUUCCGCCAGCAAAAUACAAUUUAUUUCCUUUCCAGUCUUAAACUUUCCCUACCCCUCGCAGUCCCAUCCAUCUACUCUCUUCGUGUCAUGUUACGCCCCAUUUCUCCUCAUCCCGCGUAUGAUUUUUUGUCUCUAAUUGCCGCGAGGGAAGGAAAAGCAAACAACCAUUUAUAAACUAGGCCAGAUAAUUGCGUUGACUUACUGUCGUUGCAAGGGGGGGGGGGGGGGGAAGAAAAGGAGGAGAAAGGAGAGAAAACCAGUUGCUGUGUGUGAUAUGUAUGGAUGGUAUAGAGGGUUU